AUUAUUAUAAAAAUCAUUUAUAGCAUAGGAUUUGAAAUACAGGUGAUGUAAUUCUUAAUAAAAUGGAUUCCAAUCGCAAUACAGUUUCAGCUAUAUUAGAAGAAGUCAAGGAUGAUGUCCAUAUUUCAACAAGUCCAUUAUCAAACCCAAUACGUCCAACAAGCACCCAUGAUUCCAAUAAAAUUAUUAUUUAUGUUCAAGACAAGAAUCGUUUUGUAAAAAGUGAACAACAGGAUUUAUUUAAUCACAUAAAUAAUCCACCUUCCUCAGUCAACUAUCAUUUACGUCCUAUUGCUGCCAGAGUUCAAAGAAUAUUUGCAUCAAUAGGCAUUGUUAGCCAAGGUUUAUUAGCAGGGUUAGCACUAGCACAAUUAUUUUUAGGUGAAGCAUCCCAGCGAUCACCAUUGAUAUUGAUGUCAUUUUUUCUUCUAUCAACUAUAUGUAUGUGUACAGUUCUGGAUAUUUUUGAUUUGUACAAAUGUGAAAGCUUCAAACCAAAAUAUAUUUUAGUGUUAUUCUUGAGUGUAUUAACAGCUUUAGCUGCAUUUGCAUGCACUACAUAUGAUACAGUUAUUAUGUCUGGUAGCAAAGUUGAAGCCAAGGUGUCAGAGACUUGGAAAGCAUUAAAUUGUUGUCGGUGUUAUGGAGCAGUCUUAGGAUGGAUUAUUAUAAUUAUAAUGAAACCUAAAAAUCAACUUGCACAAUUUUUAAAUUCUGAUUAGAUUUUUCUAAUCUAACUACAACAUAUAAAUAUAGUACAUAUACAUUACUUACAAUUAUUCAUAUUAAAUGAUUUUUCCUGUAUUUUAAUAACUUCAUAAAUUAUUAACCUCCCAUAGAUGGUUAUGAGUAGGGCCCAUAACUUAUAGCAAUUGCAUAUUUUUUUUUUUAGAGGCCCAAGAAAUAUCUAUGUGAGCUAUAAUUUUGUUUCAGAUAACUAAAAAGCUAAAUACGAAAUUUUA